GCAAGCAGGCUAACUGGUUUAACCGUAGAACCGGACUGGAGAUGGCAUAUCUCGGGUCCCUAGUCGAGGCGGAGAGGCCACGACACCGGCCGUUUCUCAUUGGAGUUAGCGGAGGAACUGCCAGCGGCAAGUCAACGGUAUGUGCCAAGAUCAUGGAGUUACUGGGCCAGAACAAGGUGGACCAUCGCCAGAGGAAAGUGGCUAUUGUAAGCCAAGACAGUUUUUAUAGAGUCCUGACACCAGAGCAGAAGGCAAAGGCCCUGAAGGGCCAGUACAACUUUGACCAUCCAGAUGCAUUUGACAACGAGCUGAUGUACCAAACCCUAAGGGACAUUGUGGACGGGGGGGUGGUUGAAGUGCCAACAUAUGACUUUGUCACUCAUUCCAGAUUGGAGAACAAGAUCACAGUUUACCCUGCAGAUGUGGUCCUCUUUGAGGGGAUCCUUGUCUUCUAUACCCAGAAAGUGCGUGACAUGUUUCAUAUGAAGCUCUUUGUGGACACAGACUCUGAUGUUAGACUGUCUCGCCGAGUUCUGCGAGACAUGAAUAGAAGGAGAGACCUGGAGCAGAUUCUCACUCAGUAUACUACGUUUGUUAAGCCGGCCUUCGAGGAGUUCUGCUUGCCUACAAAGAAGUAUGCAGAUGUCAUUAUUCCGAGGGGCGUUGACAAUAUGGUGGCUAUCAACCUCAUUGUGCAGCAUAUCCAAGACAUUCUUAAUGGUGACAUCUGUAAGUGGCAGCGUGGUGCUGUCAACGGGCGGGGCCUGAAGCGAGCAAUUUCUGAGCAGGGUGAACUGCAGACUGGAACUUCCAGUGUCCCAGGAAAGAGGGUUAUACUGGAGCCCAGUAGUCGCCCACAUUGAGACUGUAUGGAUGGGUGCGUCUAGACCAGCGGUCUUCAAAGUGUGAGGCCCAUCUCCCCUGGGGUACGCUAAAGAGUUUCAGGGGAGGUGUGGAAAAAAGCAGGGAAAUUCAAGAAAAUGUCUGAACCCCACAGAAACUGCAGAAAGUAUGACAAUGUAUAUUUUAAGUUGGGAUUUUCUUGGACGCAGACUCACCGCUCCCGUUAAAGUAAAGAAGGCUAUGUAGGCUAUCCAUGGUAGGGUUAGUUCAUUCAUUCAUUCAUUCAUUCAUUCAUUCAUUCAUUCAUUCAUUCAUUCAUUCAUUCAUUCAUUCAUUCAUUCAUUCAUUCAUCAUUAGCCGCUUCUCCGGGGUGAGGUCGCAGUGGCAGCAAGCUAAGCAGGGCACUCCAGAUGUCCCUCUACCCAGCAACACCCUCCAGCUCCUCCUGGGGGAUCCCAAGGUGUUCCCACACCAGAUUGGACAUGUAGUCCCUCCAACGAGUUCUGGGUCUACCCCGGAGUCUCCUCCCAGUUGGACGUGCCCAGAAAACCUCCAAAGGAAGGCGCCCAGGAGGCAUCCUAAUCAGAUGUCCGAACCACCUCAACUGGCUCCUUUUGACACAAAGGAGCAGUGGCUCUACUCCGAGCUCCCUCCUCCAGAUGUCUGAGCUCCUUGCCCUAUCUCUAAGGCUGAGCCCAGACACCCUACGGAGGAAACUCAUUUCAGCUGCUUGUAUCUGCGAUCUCACUCUUUUUGUCACUAUCCAAAGCUCAUGACCAUAGGUGAGGGUUGGAACAUAGAUUGACUGGUAAAUUGAGAGCUUUGCCUUCCGGCUCAGCUCCCUCUUCACCACAACAGUCCGGUACAACGUCCGCAUUACUGCUAAUGCUGCACCAACCCGCCUGUCAAUCUCCCGUUCCAUCCUACCCUCACUCAUGGACAAGACCCCGAGAUACUUGAACUUCUUCCCUUGAGGCAAAAACUCAUCCAGAGCAAUCCACCAUUUUCCAGUAGAGAACCAUGGCCUCAAACUUGGAGGUGCUGACUCUUAUCCCGGCCAUUUCACACUCAGCUGCAAACUGCCCCAGUGCGCGCUGGAAGUCGCGUUCUGAUGAAGCCAACAAAAUCACAUCAUCUACGAAGAGCAGAGAUACAAUUCUGAGGUUCCAAAAACGGACACAUUCCUCACCUUGGCUGGGCCUUGAGAUCCUGUCCAUGAAUAUCACAAACAGAAUCAGAGACAAGGGACAACCUUGGUGGAGUCCGACACCCACCAAAAAUGGACUUUGUGCCAAGAAUGCGGACACAGCUCUCACUUUGGUUAUACAAGGACCGGAUGGCUUUUAGCAACUGCCCCGGUACCCCAUACUCCCGCAGUACCUCCAACAGAGUGCCCCGGGGUACACGGUCGUAAGCCGUCUCCAAGUCCACAAAACACAUGUAGACUGGCUGGCCAAACUCCCAUGAUAGUAGGGUUAUAGUGGAACAAUUUUUAUUUUUACCCGAACCCAUUUUAAGCUUAACAGGUCAGGUUAAGCCCUUACGCAUGGUGUCGGGAAGCAGCAUUGUGCAUCAAUGAGUUGUGUGCAUUUUCAUGUUCUCCAUUCUGUUUUGGGCAGCUCACUGUCUUACACUAUGAAAACCCCUGGUCUAGACAACUUUGAGACAAGUUGUAAUUACUGUUACUGAUUGUUUUAUUGGAUAUGCCAGAGACUAAAUAUCAGCAGUUGUAACUGGUAAGUCACAAGUGCUGAUAUUUUACUCUUAAUUAUCCACAAUUGUGUGCACAAGUACUUGGUGCUGCAAUGUUUUCAUUGUUCACCUGUAGUUAUUCCCUUGGCACUAAUCAUUUUUAUGCAAUUGCGGGUAAACAUUUUUGCAAGUUACUUAUUUUCUUUCAAUUUGAGUGGUUUGACAGUGUGUUUUUGAAAAGGAUGCUGUAAUGGUAAGGUUUUACUUAAAUUUAUCAAUGUUUAUUUUGUGGCGUUGUACACUGUAGUUUUUCAAUUUUGAUGUUGAACCUUACUGCUUGUUAGACUCAUGAACUUAAACUUACAAGUACUAGUUACCCUCAUUUUCUCAUUCUUUAAUUUACUAAAGCAAAAUAGUUGACAUGUAUGUUCAGUGUUAAACUUGAGAUCGAAGCUCUUGUUCUUUUUACAUGUUAAUCUAAGGAAGCUAAGUCACUCAUACCUUAAUUGUUAAACGCAUUUUCCACUGACCACAUUAAAUAA